CGAUUAACAGCCUUAAUCAGAUCUUAAGUCUAAUUGUAAUGUAGUUUCUAUGAAUUUUUUAUAGAUGGCAUUAUAAGCUUUUUCCAUGUUGUUAAAUAUCUUUGAGACCUCCUGGCGACAGCGUAAACAUUUACCAUAAAUUCAUAUCUCUCCAAGUCAUUUUAUGUGUUAUGUGUUUGUUUUUUUUAAUCUCAUUAAAGAUUGUUUAUUAAAUUAUUUCUGCCAUUAUUUUAAUAAUGACAGAAGCAUCUAAUUCAAAAUCUGUAAAUGAUCCUCAGUAUUAUAAAAAUGAAUCAACCAAUUAUAUAGCUGAAAUUCGACAAAUGAUGCAUGGAUUUGGUGAUUGUAGUGAACCAUUAAUAGAAUCCGCAAAAAUAAUAGAAGAUAUUGUAUUGCAUCAAAUGAGAGGAAUUGUUAAAAAAGCAUGUGAAGUUGCUGAAAGGCGAGGAAUAUUGAAAAAAUCUAAUAUUGUAACAGCGGAAGAUUUUAUGUUUUUGUUACGUAAAGAUAAAAUUAAGCUACAACGAUUGCUUAAAUAUUUAGAAUUGAAACAGUUCAAAGCUUCUGUCAAUAAAGUUUUGAAAAGUGAUGAUCCAGAGGAUAUAGUAGAUAAUGAACAAUUACAAAAUAAUAAACCAAAGGGUCCAUAUCAUGAAUUUCUUAGUACCAUUGACAAUACUGGAGAACUUUUUGAAAAUAAAUCUGUUAUAGAUGAAAUAAAAUUAAACAGAUGCAUUCGUGCUGAGAUGAUUACACGUUCAAUGGAUGAAGCACGUUACAUUAAAUUUAGUAAUGCGCGUAAUGCAUCGUUUGCAAAUAAGAAUCGUCAUAAAUUUAGUGACUGGAUUUGUACAGAUGGUAACAUCACAAUAUCCAAGGAAGGUUAUGUGAUUUUAGGAUAUUUAGCAUAUGAAACAGUUGCACAAAUUAUUGAUCUUGUUUUCUUAGUGCGCCAAGAUCAAACCAAAAUAUAUGGAGAUGCCAUAGAUCGUCUUAAACUAAGUUAUGUUAAUCCAUAUACAUAUAAGCCGUAUUAUCAUGGAAAGGGUGCUGCAACUAAACCAAUAACUCCAGCUGAAAUAACUGAAGCUCUUAGACGAUUCUGGUCACCACAGUUAGAUAUAACAGGACCAUUUAAUCGUUGGUCAGUACGUCCACCUCAUUUGAAAUUCCUUUCUUGUUAAACUUAUACUAUAAGUGAGGUAAGAUUUUUAGAAAAUUAUUAUGUAUUCUUUUUUACAAUAAAAGCCAUAAUAUUUUACAAUAAAGAAAUGACAUUAGUA